AUGGCCUCCCUGGAAGAUCCUCGUCGCUUCGGCGCUGGCGACUGUGGCGUUGUGAGUCGGGAUCAGGCGACUGGCGUUGGACCGAUACUCGAUCUUCCCAUGGACUGGCUUGAACCAUCAGAUGACGAACGAGUCAUUCUUGCGCUUGCAAGGCUUCGAGCCAAGGACCGGGAAGAUUAUCGCGGUCCUGUCAUAUUUAACCCUGGGGGUCCCGGAGGCUCUGGUGUAUGGAGUCUUGUCGACCAUGGGAAGUAUAUUCAAUCCAUUGUUGGAACAAAUUUUGAUAUCGUGACAUUCGAUCCUCGGGGAGUUGGAGCCUCCGUUCCCCGUAUCGAAUGCUGGGAGACGGAGCAGGCGCGGAGUCUCUGGAAUCUUCAAGCUCCGGGAACCAUUGACUCACACCCGGGCGUUCUUUCCGAUGUAUUUGCGCGGGCAUCUGCCUUUUCCCAGACGUGUGAACGCACACUUGACAAAUCUGGCAUUCUGCGCCAUUCAGCCACAGCGUCCCAUGCGGCUGAUUUGCUGCAGAUCACAAAAGAGUUGGGAGAAGAGAAAAUCAAGUUCUGGGGAUUCAGCUACGGCACCAUUCUCGCCGGCGCCUUUGCCGCGAUGUAUCCAGAGAGGGUCGAUAGGAUUGUCAGCGAUGGGAACGUUGACUACCGCGAGUGGUUCCUCCGGGAACACAUCAACUUCCUGCAAGACACUGACAAGGUCAUGGAUGCCUUUUACGAGCUGUGCAUAGAAGCCGGGCCGGUGCAGUGUCUAAUGUACGACAAGAACCCUGUCUCCAUCAGAAGGAGAAUCGAGGCCAUUCUCGAAGAUCUACAGAAGAAUCCUAUCGUUGUGGCCCCCAGCGACGAGGGUCCACUCCUGCCACAGCUGAUUACCUUUUCGAAGAUCAAGGCUUUCAUCUCCACCAGUCUUUAUCGACCUUUCCACACCUUUGAGCUGCUUGCAAAAGUCCUGGCGGUGGCUGAGAAACGUGACGGGCGGGCCCUCUACGAGAUCUUCAAGCCCGGCGAUAUGCUGUCGUUGUGUGCUGUUGAGACAGUGCCGCCGACGGUGCCGCCCGACACGCUCAACGAGGGAACAGCCGACGUCUUCUCCGCCGUCUUGUGCGCGGACACCCCGCAAAUGAACGACACGCUGGACGACUUUGCCGAGUACGCGGAAGCCGUGCAGAAGAUGAGCUACUCUGCGGGGGCUGUCAAUGCAGUCAACCGCAUGGGCUGUGUCAGCCGGCAUAUCCGGCCCAAGUGGCGUGUUGCUGGCCCGUUCAAUGCGAACACGAGCUACCCCAUCUUGUUCGUCAACAACAUUGCGGACAACAUCACGCCUUUGAUCAGUGCCCGGAAUAAUUCCCAAUCCUUCCCGGGCUCGAUUGUGCUGAUUCAGAACUCCUACGGGCACACUAGUCUCUCUACUCCUUCGACAUGCACUGCUCGGGCAAUAAGAGCCUACUUCCAAAAUGGAACAUUGCCGCAGUCUGACAGUGUAUGUGAGCCGGAUGGUAGACCAUUCAGCCUCCCAGCGCCUCGCAUUGUCGAAAGCCAGGGCGAUGAGAUCACUCUUGCAGUACAAGAACUUUCUCGCAAAGCGACAUUUGAAUUCCAAGCGCGUCUUCAUGGCUUGCUGUGA